AUGGCUCCCAAAGCUCCAGAGUCAAGUAGCAAAUCUUCCGCAGCUCCGCAGACGAACGCAAAACCGGUUCCCCAGCCCUUCUUCCUCCCGUUGAAUGUCGUUUUCUACCUUUGCCUUUUCUCUAAUGUCCUAGCUGCCGUGUUGGCGCCUAUCCAAGAUUGCGAUGAAGUCUUCAACUACUGGGAACCAACCCAUUACCUCUCGCACGGUUAUGGCCUUCAAACUUGGGAGUACUCUCCGGAAUAUUCUAUCCGAAGCUGGUUAUACAUCACCCUCCAUGCCUUUGUCGCGAAGAUAUCUACCUUUUUUACGCGUACCAAGUCAGCUCAGUUCUACUUUGUCCGUAUGGCGUUAGCCUUCACCUGCACGAUGUGCGAAACGCGGCUUUACUCGGUGAUCUCGCGCACAUUGAACCCGCGGAUCGGAGUGCUCUUCCUUAUGAUAAUGCUAUUUAGUCCCGGCAUGUUCCAUGCUUCUACUGCCCUUUUGCCGUCUAGCUUUGCAAUGUACACAUCCAUGUUGGGUUUAUCGGCGUUCCUAGAUUCGCGUCGUGGUCUCCAAACAGCCAGGGGUAUUAUGUGGUUCGGAAUUGGUGCUCUGGUUGGAUGGCCGUUUGCCGGAGCUUUGGUGAUACCGUUCGUUCUUGAAGAGCUUGUCCUUGGAAUUAUAUUUCAGGAAGCUCAACCGGUCUUUUCGAGGAUUUUCAGUGGUAUUGCCAGAUGUCUAGGAGUUUUGCUUCUUGAGGUGGCUGUUGAUAGUUUCUUCUACCGUAAGCUCGUGGUUGUUCCCUGGAACAUAGUGGCCUACAACGUCUUUGGUGGUGCUGGAAAAGGCCCCGACAUCUUCGGCACCGAGCCGUGGACCUUUUACGCGCGGAACUUGCUACUCAACUUCAAUAUAUGGUUCGUGCUGGCGUUGUCUAGCGGUCCGCUGCUCGCACUACAAGCAUUAUUCCGCCCCCACAAGACAUCCAAGCAGACAUUACUGAGGUCUAUAACAUACCUCUUUCCAUUUUAUCUCUGGCUUGGGAUUUUCACCUUUCAGCCUCACAAAGAAGAGCGAUUCAUGUACCCUGCAUAUCCGUUUCUCGCGUUGAACGCCGCAAUUGGCCUGCAUAUACUGCUUGCCUAUCUAGGAUCGAACAACCGUCAAGAACUGGUUGGUCGUAUUCCCGUGAAACUGAAAUUUGCCGUGAUCAUAAGCGCCGCGCUUUUUGCGCUCAACCUCGGCCUUUUGAGGAUCGUGGGCACGACGACCGCAUAUAAUGCUCCACUCAAGGUUUUCGGGGACCUGGAACAACCGAAUAUAACUAGUACCGGAGAUUUUGUUUGCGUCGGGAAGGAAUGGUAUCGCUUUCCUUCGUCAUUCUUCUUGCCCGAUAAUUUGCGGGCUAAGUUCGUCAGAAGUGAAUUUAAGGGCUUACUGCCCGGAGAGUUCGUGGAAUCGAAGAAAAGCGGACCAUUCGCAGGGACUUGGAUGGUUCCAUCGGGGAUGAAUGAUAUGAAUCAGGAGGAUGUCUCCAAAUACACCGAUAUCUCGCAAUGCGACUUUUUGGUGGAUUCUUAUUUUCUCGGAGAUAGAGAAUCUGACCUCCAACCUCAUUACAUCCUCGAUGAUAAAAUGUGGGAGAAAGUUUCUUGCAAACCGUUCCUCGACAGCGGCCGUACAGGCACUUUGGGUCGCAUCCUCUGGGUUCCUGAUUUGCCAUUUAUUCCCAAGAACAUGCAACGCAAAUAUGGACAAUACUGUCUACUUAAACGGAGGGCUGCCAACGUCUGA